AUGUCUGACAAGCUCACUCGUGUCGCAAUUGUCAACAGUGACAAGAAAUGUCGCCAGGAAUGUAAGAAGUCUUGCCCCGUCGUCCGGACGGGUAAGCUCUGUAUCGAAGUGACUCCCGAGUCCAAGAUCGCCUUCAUCUCCGAGCGUCUCUGUAUCGGUUGCGGUAUCUGUCCCAAGAAAUGUCCAUUCGGAGCCAUCCAUAUCAUCAACUUGCCUACCAACUUGGAAACCGAGGUCACGCAUCGUUACUCCGCCAACAGCUUCAAGCUCCACCGUCUUCCUAUGCCCCGUCCUGGUCAGGUGCUCGGUCUCGUCGGUACCAACGGUAUUGGAAAGAGUACUGCAUUGAAGAUUCUGAGCGGCAAGCUGAAGCCCAACCUUGGACGUUAUGAUAACCCUCCGGACUGGGAAGAGAUCCUACGGUACUUCCGUGGUUCCGAAUUGCAGAACUACUUCACCAAAGUGCUCGAGGAUAACUUGAAGGCUGUCGUGAAGCCUCAGUACGUCGACCAGAUUCCCCGCGCUGUCAAGGGUCCCGUCAAGAAUGUCGGAGAUCUUAUCAAGGCUCGUGCCCAGAUGGACAACAUGGAGCACAUCCUGGACACUCUCGAACUUCGCCAGGUCCAGAACCGUGAUAUUGACCACCUCUCUGGUGGUGAGCUCCAGCGUUUCGCUAUUGGUCUUGUUUGCGUUCAGCAGGCCGAUGUUUACAUGUUUGACGAGCCGUCUUCUUAUCUUGAUGUCAAGCAGCGUCUGGCUGCUGCCCGUCAGAUCCGAGAGCUUCUGCGCCCUGAUGACUACGUUAUCGUUGUUGAGCACGAUCUGUCUGUUCUUGACUAUCUGUCCGACUUCGUUUGCGUGCUUUACGGAAGACCUGCCCUCUAUGGUGUGGUUACUAUGCCUUCUUCCGUCCGUGAAGGUAUCAACAUUUUCUUGGAUGGCCACAUCCCCACGGAGAACCUUCGGUUCAGAGAGGAAUCUCUUACCUUCCGUAUUGCUGAGGCUGGUGACGACUUCAUGGUCGACAAGGCCCGUGCUUUCAGCUACCCUAAGAUGACCAAGACCCUAGGUGGCUUCCGCCUGAGCAUCGAGCCUGGCCGCUUUACCGACUCCGAAAUCAUUGUCAUGAUGGGAGAGAACGGAACUGGAAAGACUACUUUCUGUAAGAUGCUUGCUGGUGCUGAGAAGCCCGACGGCGAAGUCAACAUGCCCCGCAUGAACAUCAGCAUGAAGCCCCAGAAGAUCACGCCCAAGUUCCAGGGUACCGUCCGUCAGCUGUUCUUCAAGCGUAUCAAGGCUGCCUUUCUGUCUCCUCAGUUCCAGACCGACGUGUACAAGCCCCUCAAGAUCGACGACUUCAUCGACCAGGAGGUCCAGAACCUGUCUGGUGGUGAAUUGCAGCGUGUUGCCAUCGUUCUGGCCCUCGGUCUGCCUGCCGAUAUCUACCUCAUUGACGAGCCUAGUGCCUACCUGGAUUCCGAGCAGCGUAUCGUGGCAGCCAGAGUCAUCAAGCGUUUCAUCAUGCACACCAAGAAGACCGCCUUCAUCGUCGAGCACGAUUUCAUCAUGGCCACUUAUCUGGCUGAUCGGGUCAUUGUUUUCGACGGUAAGCCGUCUGUUGAUGCCCACGCCAACACUCCCGAGUCACUGGUCACUGGUUGCAACACUUUCUUGAGGAACCUGGACGUCACCUUCCGUCGUGACCCCAACAGUUACCGUCCUCGUAUCAACAAGCACCAGUCCCAGAUGGACCAGGAGCAGAAACUAAGCGGCAACUACUACUUCCUGGAGGAAGAGAGUUGA